CGCCUUCCAUUGCUUCCGAUUCUGUCACGUCAUUACUGUUGUGUUGUGUGCCUGUAGGUAUGACAACACACAAUAUAUUGAUUUCCAGUUUCCAGUACGUCCAGUCCACGACAGUGUGGACAACGUCGCGCGGUCGUCUUCGCGUCUCGUUUAGCUGAGGACGCGACGCACAGAAUGUGGCAAGACAACGAAGUCAAAUUUGACAUUUCUCAUUCGUAAUUAUAAAAUUGAAUUAUUUUCAAACUGUCGAGCCGAUCGCCUUUCAGCGUAUGAGUUUCGUUUUCCAUCUUCGUUCGUCGAGUGUGGAGCGGAGAACGGAGAGCGCGCGGAGCAUUUAAUAUGCAGUUACGACCUGGUGAACUUACCGUUGACAAACUUGACAUGAUAGAAGAUACGAAGGGUAAUGCCGGGGAUCUAGGAAGAUUGAUUGUCACCAACUUGAGGGUCAUAUGGCAUUCUUUAUCCUUGCCACGAAUCAACUUGAGCAUAGGAUACAAUACAUUUAUCGCAGUGAAUACGAAAAUUCUUCAUACGAUUCAUGGCGCAUAUGUGCAAGCUCUUCACGUAUUGACUUCGUUUCGAAAUUGUCGAUAUGAAUUUAUAUUUACGAAUCACGACGCCAAAAGCACGAGACAUUACACUUCGGUCAUAGGUGUUUACAGAGCUUACGUGUCAUCAAAAAUCUAUAGAGAAAUUAAACUAAGAAGCGGUAUUAUACGUGAAAAUCGACUGGUUUUAUUACCUCAAGAAAAAGUGCACUCUUCCGUGCAGGACGUUUGGAAUUUAUCCAUCGAGCAGGGGAACAUCGGAACUUUUAUUACAACCAACAUACGUUUGGUAUGGUAUGCGGAUGUGAAUCAUCAGUUUAACGUAUCGAUUCCUUAUCUUACAAUCGGAAAUAUUACUAUAAGAACAUCGAAAUUUGGGCCAACUUUAGUAAUUUUAAGUACAGAGGCCAGCGGAGGAUACGUCUUGGGUUUUCGCGUCAAUCCCUUGCAGCAGCUUCAUAUUACUCAUAAAGAAGUAUCGAUACUCCGUUCGGAAUUUGAAAAAUUUCCUAUUUUUGGUGUGGAAUAUACGUUUGAACAUCAGGCACCUUCGCAAGAGGAGAUUAAUGUAGAACAUUUCACUGAGAUACAAGAUAAUCAAGCUGAAAUAUCGAAUGUAUUUGGCUAUUAUUUCUCUGAGGGGGAAACAGGUCAAAGGAAGCCAAAUUUUUCGAUUCACUUGGGACUCGCGGCGGAGGAGCCAAGAGAAGGCAGCACAUUGCAGAGUUUAUGGGAACUUGUACCAUCGUGCGCUACUUGAGCUAAUCUACAAUAACGUAAAUUAUUUUAAAAAUUUUAACUUUCUCCAUAUCGAUGCUACAAACUCACAAAUGAAAUUUAUAUGUGCCGAACAGUGCUGUCUCAUUAUCUUAUGGGGGAUAAAAAUAAAUCCGUUUUUAUACAAAGAGAUAUAACAUGAUAUAUUAUUAACUACAUCUUAUAAGAAUCUUGAAAUAUAAUAAUUCUUGUUCAA